CAUAAAGUCUAAACGUCCAUUCUAGCAGUGCGAGCGAGCUGCUGAGACAGGUGGCGUGUGCUCGGUCUGUCUGUCGCUGACAAGAAGCGAAUCCAUUCAUUUUUUUUCAACGGGAGAAAAAACAAAACAAGGACGGAUACCCCCUCCCCUCCAAAUAAAGGGUAAAGUUCACAGGAAGCUGGGGGGCUGCCAUUUUUUUGCCUGCUAACAUGUUAGAUGCUAAAGCGGAGAGGGGUGCUCGCCGUUAAAAAGAGCUUUUUGUUUGAUUUUUUCUUUACGUCGAGCGCCGGGUUUCUCUUUGCGUUUUGUCCUAUGCAUUUAGUCGUCUCUGUUUGAACGCGGGCGGUAUGGAGAGGACCGAGCAGCCGUGGAAUUCCUCCUACACGUACCAGGUGAGCAAGCACAGCGCCGAGAUGCUCCACAACCUCAACAGCCAGAGAAAAGAUGGAGGCAGGUUCUGCGACGUGAUCCUGCGCGUCGGCGAGGAGAGCUUCCCCGCGCACAAGGCCGUGCUGGCGGCGUGCAGCGAGUACUUCGAGUCGGUGUUUAGCUGUCCGGCGGAGGGCGACGGCGAGGGCAAGGAGCUGGAGAUGCACACCAUAAGCCCCAAAGUUUUCCGCGACAUCCUGGACUUCGCGUACACCUCGCGGAUCGUGGUGCGCCUCGAGUGUUUCCCGGAGCUCAUGACGGCCGCCAAGUUCCUGCUCAUGCGUUCGGUCAUCGAGAUCUGCCAGGAGGUGAUCAAGCAGUCCAACGUGCAGAUCCUCGUCCCUCCUUCGCGGGGAGGAGGAGGGGAGCACAGUUUUCCCCGCGCCGCUGCCAGCGACCUGUCAAGCCCACCGCAUUUGGACGUCGCCAACGGCGCCGUGUUCACUGGUCAUGGGCCGCCGCAGUGUGCUGUUGACCGGGACGAUGGUGGUCCGGCGCCGACUAGCGACGGAUCCCUCGCGGCCAUACCGACUAACAGGUUGUCUGUGUCCCCGUCACACCUCACAGGAAAUCCCGUAAACGGCGAGGGUUCUCCGGGCUCCAAACGAGGCAGGGGAAGACCGAAGAAAGAAGGUGGAGCUGGGGGAGCCGUGGUCUCUUCCUACAACAGCAGCAGCCAGCACGGUCCUGCUAACGACAGCGAAGGCCUGCUAGCAUGCGCCGUCUGCGGGAAGAUGUUUACAGACGCCGCGCAGCUGAGGACUCACGAGGCGGAGCAUGGAGCUUUCGGUGGCAGCGGAGGAAGAGAGCUGAUCCCUGCGGACAUGGCCCAGGCGGUGGUCAUCCCGCAGGUCCAGGGCCAGGCGGGGCCGCACGAAAACGGGCUGCCCCCACAUAGCGCCGCCGACGGCCACCGCAAGCGAGAGAGGACGCGGAGGCAUGUGGGCUGCGAGCUCUGCGGGAAGGUCUUCAGAGACGUGUACCAUCUGAACCGACACAAGCUGUCGCACUCCGGAGAAAAGCCGUACGCCUGCCCCGUGUGUGGCCUGCGCUUCAAGCGAAAGGACAGGAUGUCUUACCACGUCCGCUCUCAUGACGGCUCGGUGGGCAAACCGUACGUGUGUCAGAGCUGCGGGAAAGGCUUCUCGAGGCCAGAUCAUCUAAAUGGACAUAUAAAACAGGUACACACCACAGAAAGGACUCAUAAAUGUCAGGUGAGAGAACCUGGACAUUGCUCAUUGGAGUUUUGUACACGGGAUCGUCUGCGGUCACACCUGGCCUGCCAUGAGGGAUAAAAUACCAUGCCAGUGUGUGGAAAGUUCUUACGGGGCUGCCUAUUGACAGACCAUUUGAAAAAACCAGCAGGACCUCACAACGUACUGCACAUAUGCAAUAAAGGUUUUUCCACUGCGUCCUACCUAAAGGUACAUGUAAAAACGCACCACGGCUCGUCCAUGCUCCCUCCCUCCACAGCUCUCCAGUUCCUCGAGCCGCGUGCCAACGGGCCGCAGACACACAACGGCGCCCCCUACCACUCAGGACGCCAGUGCGCAGUGGAAUACCUAUGUACCAGUCGCCGGCUCCUGGUUACCUUUCCUGAGACAGAGGGGUCAUUUCGGGGGCUUUCUGGGCCUCCAGUUCUCCCCCAGCCAGGCCCUCCUGCUCUUGGUUUGCAGCCUGAGCUGCUCCUGGGCAAGCCAGGGACGACUCCCUAUUUCUGGGAGUGCCGCUCUGCUGGAGCACCAGGCUUCCCGCUGCAUGGGCCUCUCGCAGACGGGCAGGAGAAUGCUGGGAAAUGCCCCCAUCAGGAUUCUGAUGGUUCAGACACUGCAUUCGGGGACCUUUCUAAUGGAACCGAACUGAAGCCUGAGCACAAGGCUGAAGGCGAGGAGCUAGAAGUCACCUCUCUGGUUUUCAACGGGGAAGCCGACGGACCAGCGGCUGUGCCAUGCGGCUCCAAGCAAAAAUCAGACCCAGAAAAAAAGUUUGCUUGUGGCGAAUGUGGUCAGACCUUCCGCACAAAGUCUUACCUCAACAAGCACCACCAGCGGGUGCAUAAAAAACAUAGUGGGACAGGAUCCAGCCUGGGGGAUCUGGGAUCACCCUUUUCACCCCAGCAAAACAUGUCGCUGCUUGAAUCAUUUGGAUUUCAGAUCGUCCAGUCGGCUUUUGCCUCCUCACUGGUGGACUCUGAAGUGGCGAGCAGUGCUAUGGGCUUAGGAGACAAGUGACUGCCUAGUGAGGGAGAUGAGUUUGUUCCUAUUGAACAGCCACAGCUUUCAGAAUAACUGCAAUUCUACCUUUUAUCAUCAGUGUCCUUGUAGACUACUCUGUCUUUUAUGUUGCUUACUGUCGAUGUGUUUGUCAGUUUGCCAAGAUGUAUUCCAUUUUUUGUGUGUGUGAAGCAGCUAAUCAGCUUUUCUAUUUCAUACAUUUUUUUCCCCAUGUUUUAUAGUUGCAUACCAGAAAAAAAUCAGGCCUCUUGCAGUUUGGGCUAUUACACAAAGUUAUUACACAAAUGAAAUGGGAAAUUUGCCCAUGAAGCACCCAGCAGUUGUUUAUUUAUUUUUUUAAAACCAUCAAAACAAAGCUUGCCUAACAAACCUUUAAGCUUCUGAGGCAAUCUAAAUGUUUAGGUGUAUGAAGAUUACUGGGGCAAGCCUCUUGUAAUGUUUGGGACACAUUUUAAGUCCAAUACUGAUUAUGAAUCACUUAAAUCUUGCCCUGACACAUGGUUGUUAAUGUUACUUCAUUUGAAUUUUAUUUUGCAUCUUAGAUAUUGUCAAAAUGGAUUGUUUUGGGUUACACAACAGUGCAUGUGAGUUUUGAAUAUUCAGCAGGGACCAACUUCAGGUAUGACUGUAAGAUAUUGCAAGAAAUGAAGAGUAUAUUUUAUUAACUUAUUGAUAUUAGUGUCCCAGUCUCCUUUAUGAAAUGGUUUAUAUAAAGUUGUUUAAAUUUAGAUCUGUGCUGUGCUAUUUUGUCUUUGAAUUAUGUGUCUGACAAGAGGCCAGCAAGAGAGCUUCUGUGUGUGUGUGUGUGUGUGUGUGUGUGUGUGUGUGUGCGCGCAUGCUUGGGACAACCUGAUUGUUGUGUGUAUGUGUGCCAGGUCUCUAUCUUCAGAAUGUAAUAUAAUCAGAGGGCUUUUUUAAUAUAUCAGAUUUUUUUUUCUAUGAGGUUCAAUACAUUCCUGCUUAACUUAAGAGUUCCUAUCAUGAUAUGUGUAUAAUGUUCACAUAUGUAAGAAAUGUGUAUAUAUAUCUAUCUGUGGCCAACGUUGUUAGUUUGAUUAAUCUAUGUGAAUGAGGUCCUUGUGUAUAUAAUCUUUUCCUUGGCCCUUGUGGAUGAAUGGAAGUUUGUAUGGAGAAACAUGUUUUGAGACAAAUACCAAGUUCUAUUAAGUUGGUACCGACAAAUCCCCACUUAUGUUUGUUAUUUCUGUAGCGUGUGCGAUCAUAUUAAUUGUAUGUUUAAGUAUGUUGAAAAAGUAUGUUUAAGUACGCCACCACUGUUUCAUAUCUAAAUUCUCUUUACUCUUAGAUCUUGACAGUAUAAACUACUGUGAGCAUAUGUAAUUAAGUGUUAAUUACAAAGUCACAGGUGUUUUAAGAGGGCUUGAGAGGAUGGAAAAACCUUUAACUGCGUCACGCUGAUAAGUGCUCUCUAAUGCAAAAGGCCUGCUUUUUUGUGCGUUUGGCAGAUUAUGGGUGCGCUCAGAUUUUGCUGUGAUGUGCAAGUUUAAAAGCCCUUUGGUAACAGACUUUUGUUAUUCUUUCAGGCUGAGCUUAGUCACCAUUAUGUUCUGUGUGGCAGAUUCUUUCCACAGUAGCCAGGAAGGUUGUAACAAAUACAGUUAUUAUAUUGCUACGAAUCUGAGAAGGUUGAUGGUCAUUAAUUUGCAUUUUAUUUUUGUAUAGAAUGCGUACUGACUGGCAUUUCUAAGGUAAAAUGAGGAGAUUUCUUUCAUGGCAGUCUUGCAGCAGAUUGAUCUCACUGGUCUAGAGAACAUAUGUAAUUCAUUGUCAGCCCGUGUCGUCUUUUUUACUUACCAUCAGCCUUCCUAAGCUGAUUUCAGUACUUAUAACCUUUUUUUUUUUAAACCACAAAGUGGCUCUUGGGGAAGAUGCGGCACUCAAUGAUUUCAUAUGCUGAUCUGUUGUCUAUUGUUUAGUGUGGCACAUUGUAUCACUGGAAAUGUUUUUCUUUCCUCAAUCACUAUGAUUUUGUUUGUUUGUUUGUUUGUUUGUUUGUGUGUGUGUGUGUGUGUGUGUGUGUGUGUGUGUGUGUGUGUGUGUGUGUGUGUGUGUGUGUGUGUUCUGCUUACAUUUUUGUAUAUUCGUAUGUUGCAAAGUGCCUUCCCAGUACUGAUUGUGAACUGCGAUGGGUAGGAAAAUCUGUUAUCAUAAAGACCAUCUUAAGAACAACCAUGUACACAGACAAAGUGACUUGCAUUGACACUUUUGUAUAAAGACAUGCACAUAGAACAAAAUGUACAUUUGUAUGUAUGUUUGGUAUUCUAUCUUUGUUCUCUGACAAAAAAAAGCUGUUUCUUUGCAUUUUAUGUCAAGAAUUUCAUUGAUUUUUGGACGUUUGGAUAUAGGCAUACUUUUCUAUUGAUGUUUGUUUUUGUACACUGUUUUGUGUCUCUGUUUAUUUGCUACAGAGAUGAGUAUAAAAUAAAAAAUUGUA